AUGGUCAUCGUUGCCAAGGGAGACCACGUUUGGUUGGAUCAGCAAAAAGGUGGCGAAUUCGAUUUGCCCAUCGCUGGUGUAGUAACCUUUUCUGAGAAAGGAGAAAUUGUAGUUAUCGACGACGAUGGAAAGGAACAUCCUGUAUCGAAAGCCAAAUCCGACAAAGUUAUUAAGAUUAUGCACCCAACUAGUAUUCAGGGUGUUGAGGAUAUGGUUAAUCUAGACGACCUGCAAGAGUCUAGUAUAUUGCAUAAUCUUCAAUUAAGAUUCGAUAACAAUGAUAUCUAUACCUAUAUUGGAACUAUUCUUGUUGCCGUCAAUCCGUAUGAACCACAAUCUAUUUACACUGCCGAAUAUAUCCAAAAAUAUCAAGAUCAACCUUUUGGAGAUUUACCUCCACAUAUCUAUGCUGUGACUAAUCAUGUUUAUAAUACAAUGAAAAUAGAACAUGCCGAUCAGUGCUUAAUUAUCAGCGGCGAAUCUGGAGCUGGCAAGACAGAGUCUGCAAAGUUGGUUCUGCAAUAUUUGGCUACUAUUAGUGGUAAAAAUUCUUCCGUCGAACAGCAAAUUUUAGAAGCAAAUCCAAUCCUUGAAGCAUUUGGUAAUGCUAAAACUAUUCGUAACGAUAACUCAAGUCGUUUCGGAAAGUACACCGAAAUAAAUUUCAACGAUUACGGAAUAAUCGAAGGUGCUCAUGUUGAGCAAUAUCUACUGGAAAAAUCAAGGAUUGUAAAUCAGAUGAAGGAUGAACGGAACUAUCAUAUCUUUUAUCGAAUGCUUGCUGGCCUUCCAAGUAGCGAAAAAGCGAGGCUUCAACUUACAAAAGCGACAGAUUAUUAUUAUCUUACUAGGGGUAAUUGCACUAUUUGUCAAGAUGGAGAUGAAAAAGAACUAUUUAAUCAUAUCAAUAAUGCAAUGGAGGUUAGGGCCAGUGAUUUAUCGGAAGUGUUAACUAAUAGAACCACCCUCACGGGAGGAGAAAAAAUAUAUUCACCGGUUGAGUUAUCAAAAGCUAUCAAUAUCAGAGAUGCGUUGGCCAAAGGAAUUUAUAGCAGAUUAUUCGUUUGGAUUGUCAAUAAAAUCAAUCAUUCUAUCUAUAAAUUUUUGACUAAUAAAGCGCAUCAUCGCACUUCUAUCGGAGUUCUUGAUAUAUUCGGAUUUGAAAAACUCGAAACUAAUAGCUUCGAACAAUUGUGUAUCAACUUUGCGAAUGAAAGCCUACAGCAAUAUUUUGUAAAAUAUAUUUUUAAGCUUGAGCAGUCAGAAUAUACGAAAGAAGGCAUAAAUUGGCAGGGAAUUAAAUUCACAGAUAAUCAAAACAUUCUUGAUAUGAUUGCCUAUAAACAAAUGAACAUUAUAUCGAUUAUUGAUGAAGAAAGUCGUUUUCCCAGAGGUACAGAUAGUACAAUGCUAUCAAAGUUACAUCAACAUCACGCUAAGAACUCAGCUUACGUGAAGCCUAAAUCUCAAAUGGAGGCUAACUUUGGAAUCCGCCAUUACGCUGGUGUAGUGAAAUAUCAGAGUAGAGAAAUGUUGGAAAAGAAUCGUGACACAUUUGGUGGUGAUUUAUUAGAGGUCGUAAAAUCGAGUGGCUUAGUGCUGUUACGAGAACUAUUCGAGAAAGAUCUGGCACAAGAAUCACGUAAAAUGCCAUUAACUGUUGGUAUUCAGUUUAAGAAAUCACUCGACUCUUUAUUGAGAACAUUAGGCGAUUGUCAGCCCAUGUUUAUAAGAUGUAUAAAACCGAACAAUGGGAAGCAACCAAAAGUAUUUGAUAGAUUAGUUUGCACUCGACAGCUUAGAUAUUCUGGAAUGAUGGAGACAAUUAAAAUUCGUGUCGCUGGAUAUCCAGUUAGACACUUGUAUACAGACUUUAUCAAACGUUAUGGCAUACUCGAUUCCAAGCUUCCCCACAUUAACAAAAUAAAAAGUGCAAAGGAUGCUUCAUCCCGUAUUAUGGCUAAAAUAAAUGUAAAGUCUGGCUAUCAAUUGGGAAAAACAAAAUUAUUCUUGAAAGAUAAUGUUCAAGAAUCAUUAGAAAAGGCCCGUGAAGAAUCUUUACACAAAUCUGUGAUAACUAUCCAGAAAACUUAUCGCGGCUACCUGUGUCGUAGUAGCUACAUAGAACUGAGAAAUGCAGUUAUAGUUAUUCAAAAAAAUUGGAAGGCUAAGACUACAAGAGAGAAAUAUAUUAAAAUGAGUACUGGCUUUACUCGACUACAGGCUAUCAUAACAAGCAACCGAAUAGCAAAUGACUAUAAGGCAAAGAGAAAUAUUAUUUGUCGGUUACAGAAACGACGACGUGAAGAGAUUGAACAAAUACGAAUUUCAGAGGAAAAGAAACUCGCCAAAAAAAUGGACAAGGAAAAAGCUCGUAAACAAGCGGAAGUGCUUCAACAGCAACGCCUUCAAGAAAUUGAGAAAGCAAAACAAGAUAAUGAAGAAAGAGAACGUCGGGAAUUUCAAGAGAAACAAAUUAGAAUAGAACUAGCUAAGAGUAAAGCAGAUGAAGAAGUUGAUCAUUCACAAGUGGUGGAUCAAAUGUUUGACUUCCUUCCACCUGAUGAUGAGAAAACUGAAUCUACACCGGAUUUGUCCGAAACUACUAAAGAUGUUCGAAAUAGCAUUAGAAAAAGCAGCUCCACAACUAUGGAAGAUAAUAUUUCAAACUACCAGUUUUCAAAGUUUGCGGCUACUUACUUUGUCGGCGAUGCUACCGGUGUCAUUCUGCGAAAGCCUAUCAAGCGGCCAUUACUCGACUUAGUAAAUGAACAAGAUAGAGCCAUUGCCUUGUCGAUAUGGAUUGCAAUAUUAAGAUUCAUGGGAGACCUUCCAGAGCCAAAAGCCGCAGCUCAGCCAUCACCGUUGCAGCCUCAACAGCAAAUUGACGACACGGAUGCCCCUGAAGCUUCCUUAUCUAUAAUUCAUAAACUGUAUAACAAGACAAUAGGACGUAAAGCCUCAAAGCAUAAGAAAUUUUUUGAAUCUCAAAGCGGUGACUCUGUUAAAAGUGGUCGUUCGGGUAGUUAUGGUAAAUCGGUUUUAAAAUAUUUCUCAAUAUCUCAAAGAAAGAAGAGCAAACAUAGGACUGAAAUCAGUAGCAUAACAAAGCAGGGUAAAGAGGAAGAACUAGAUGCCACUAUAAAAGAGGCUGCAGGUUUUUUGCAAAAGCAUACCACCAAUCUAGAGAAAAUACGAUUUAUCAUAGGCCAUGGUAUUCAAAGAAAGGAUCUUCGAGAUGAGAUUUAUUGCCAACUAUGCAAGCAACUUACCGAGAAUCAUUUAAAAUCAAGUUAUGCGCGUGGAUGGAUAUUGAUGUCAUUGUGUUUGGGAUGUUUUACUCCUAGUAGUAAAUUGGAAAAAUAUUUGGUGUGUUUCAUCCGUGAAGGCCCAGCUGGAUACGCUCCUUACUGCGAAGAACGUCUGAACCGAACGUAUGCAAAUGGUGCACGACAGCAGCCUCCUUGUUGGUUAGAAUUACAGGCUACAAAAUUAAAAGAGCCGAUCAAUAUUCCAUUAACCUUCAUGGAUGGAACUAAUACAACAGCAACGGCCGAUUCAGCAACCACGGCAAAAGAAUUAUGUGCACAACUUGCUCAAAAGAAAUCUAUGAAAGAAACAUUCGGCUUUUCUUUAUAUAUUGCAUUACAUGAUAAAGUAUCCUGUUUAGGGAGUGGAGAUGACCACGUUAUGGAUGCAGUUGCUCAGUGUGAAGUAUACGCUAGAGAGCAAGGAUAUCCUGAACGCCAUACUCCUUGGCGUAUGUUCUUUCGUAAGGAAAUAUUCGCGCCUUGGCAAAACGGUACUAAUGAUCCAGUUAGUACCAAUCUUAUAUAUUAUCAGAUCAUUCGCGGAGUUCAACAUGGAGAAUACAAAUGUGACAAGGAUGAAGAAUUAGCUGAAAUUGCUGCUCAGCAAUAUUAUAUUGAGUAUGGAGGACAUCUAAAGAAAGAUAAAUUGUGCGAAAUGUUGGAUAAUUAUAUUCCAAAAUCUUCGUUGCAAGGAACUAAGCAAUCGAAAGUAAUCGAUAAGUGGGCAAUGAUGGUUUCAAAUUCUUUUAAAAAGGCAUACUACACACAAAACAGAAUUGAGAGACAGCAAGUUAAGGAAGGCUUAGUUAACUUUGCAAUGAAUAGAUGGCCAUUAUUUUUCUCUCGAUUUUACGAGGCUUUUAAAUUUUCUGGACCAAGUCUACCAAAAAAUGAAGUUAUUAUUGCUGUAAACUGGACUGGAAUAUAUAUUGUCGAUGAAUACGAAAGACUUCUAGCGGAAUGUUCAUAUCCAGAGUUAGCAAAUGUUACGAGUACCAUGAGUAGUUCAAAGCAUGGCAGCAGUUUCUCGUUUACGACGAUAAAAGGCGACGAGUACAUGUUUACAUCAACCAAUGGUGAGGAUAUAAAGAAUUUAGUUGGUGGCUUUCUUGAUGGUCUACGCCAAAGAUCGAAAUAUGUUGUAGCAAUUAUGGAUUAUAGUAAUCCAAGCGACGGAUCUUCAGUACUUAGUUUUAAGAAAGGAGACUUAAUCAAGCUAUCGGAUCUAGUAAAAGAUAUUUCAUCCCAUGUUGGUUGGAAACACGGAAAUUGUCUCCGUACUGGCCGUUCCGGUGAUUUUCCUGCAGAAUGUGUAUAUCAAAUCCCUACUCUCGUUAAACCUCCAGAUGAUAUCGUGGAAGCUCUAGCUAAUUAUGGAUCCCAAGUUUAUCGAAAGAAUUUAAAUGGUGGACUGGAUCCUAACAGGGUCGAUGAAAGUAGCUACGAUGGAAGUGAAACAUAUACACUGGAAUCUUACGCGCAGGAAAAUUUUACACCUUACAAAAAAUCUAUGCAAAAAACUAUAUCAAGGUCAGGAUUUAGGAGAAAAGAAAAAGACAGAAGUUGGAUUUGCUCUCGGGAGCCAAUAAAACAUCCAUUACUGAAAAAUUUGAUUGAACAGGAUGAGUUGUGUUCUGAUGCUGUUAGAAUUUUCUUAGCUAUUAUGAAGUAUAUGGGAGACUACCCUUCUAAGAAGUCAAGACACAAUACUGAACUUACAGAUGCCAUAUUUGAGCCCGCUAUUCUACAGAAAGUACUUUGCGAUGAAGUCUAUUGUCAAAUUAUGAAACAGUUAACUGAGAAUAAGAUAAGUCAAAGUGAAGAAAGAGGGUGGGAACUAUUUUGGCUAUGUACCGGUUGCCUCUUGCCAACGAAUUCUCUAGUGAGGGAAGUUAAUACUUUUUUGGUGUCCCGUAAGGUUAACAAUCCCAUAGCCCAAGAUUGUAUAUCUAGAUUGAGAAAGCUCCUCAGGUUAUUUAUCAACUUUAUUGCUGUAAAAUUAAAUUUUAAAUCAGUCGUUAUGAUAUCUAGCAAAUUAAUCAACGCGCCUUAUGUUUUUGCAACAUCUAGAAGUGGACCUCGUAAAUAUCCGCCACAUGUUGUGGAAGUACAAGCUAUCCAGCAAAAGACAAUCAAGUUAAUGCAUAAAAUUUACUUCCCUGAUGAAAGCUAUCACGCGUUCGAUAUUAGCUCAUCCAUAAAGGCAAGAGAUUUAUGUCAGGCUAUCAUUGCUCGUAUGCAGCUUACGUCCGGCAAUGGCUUCAGCUUGUUUGUAAGAAUGGCUGAUAAAUUUGUUAGCAUACCAGAAGGAGAUUACUUGUUUGAUUUUAUACGUCAUGUCUCUGAAUGGGUAAAGGCCAAUAUACGAGGGAAAGAAGAUAAAAGUCCAGGUGAACUUGCAUAUCAGCUGUACUUUAUGAGAAAGUUAUGGUCUGAUGUUGUCGUUGGAGCUGAUAGAAAUGCAGAUUUAAUAUUUCACUAUCAUCAGGAAUUACCGAAAUAUCUUCGAGGAUAUCAUAAGUGCGCCAAAGAAGAUGCAAUCCGAUUGGCAGCUUUACAAUAUCGUGUAAAGCAUGGCGAUGAUAAUUCUGAACUGAACAAUAUUCAGAGGUUAUUACGCGACUUGGUUCCUUACGAUGCUAUUGGUAAUUUAUCAGCAGAAGAAUGGGAACAAGCGAUAACUGAAUCUUAUACUAGUGGUCGAGGAAUGACUAAACAUGAUGCCAAAAUUGCAUUUUUGCAAGAGGUUGAAAAAUGGGCUACUUUUGGAUCCGCCUUUUUCGAUAUCAAGCAAACAACUGGACAAGAGCUGCCUGAAAAUUUAUUAAUUGCAAUCAACAAGGGUGGCGUAUUCUUUAUAAAUCCAAUCAAUAAGAAAAUCAUUACACAGUAUCCAUUCACCAAGAUAUCCAGCUGGAGUAGCGGAAAUGCAUACUUUCACAUGACGAUUGGUGAUUCCGUUAAUGGAAUGAAGUUACUGUGUGAAACCCAUUUGGGGUAUAAAAUGGAUGAUUUGCUAACCUCUUACAUAUCACAGCUUAUUGCCACGAAAGGUGAAAACAAUUCCGGACAAUAG